GCUUUGUUUAUGCAUCUCGUCCGGGCGUCGGCCGCCUGUGUCUGCACUGCAGGGGGAUUCCUGGGACUUCUGCAAGGCCCGAAGCCUCCGUCCUCGUCUCCAGCUCCAUCUUUCUUCCCGUUCUCGCAGCCGCUGACGAUUCCUCGCACUGCACCACUCAAGUCAAUCAAUCACCUGUUCUUCCCACUCUUCCUGUCACCCACUGCUUUCGCCGAUUUGGCCUAAUUAGUACAGCCUCACUUCAAUUUGAGCUCGUGCUUCCCUCUCUUCAUCACUACUACCACUGCCCUUUUGCGCUAUUCUCCAGUGCGCUGCGCUCUCGAGUCUAAUGCUCCCUUGUCCUUGAGCCGCAGAGUGAACCGCUUCUCAACUUGAACAAGAGGAAAUUGACAGCAGCUGCGAGAGUAGCUUCUCCUUCAACCACACCGCGCGAAAGAUGCUAUAGACUGCCUAGUCACCACGAGAUACCACAGCAAUCAUGAACGCCGACGACAUUUCCGACAUCUCCUCCCCGCUGAGCUCGAUUCCAAGUUCUCCCUUGAGUUCACCUCCCAGCUCCCCAGUUUUACCUCCUAGCUGGCACACACUUACGCCCCCACCGUCGCAACAUGCAGGCGACGACAUGCCUCCCGCUCGCAAGCGCAGGAAGAUUGAGCCCAGAGUGCGCACAACUCAGCACUUAGACCUUACUUCGGACACUGCGCAGUCUGAAUACGACCGAUCAGAAGCUUUAGACACUCUCCUCAAAGCUUUGCGCAACAGGAGGAAGAUUGUGGUUAUUGCAGGGGCCGGCAUUUCUGUUUCAGCAGGCAUCCCCGAUUUCAGGUCAUCGCAUGGACUUUUUAAAAGCCUCAGGGGUGAGCACAAACUGAAGAGUUCUGGCAAAAUGCUCUUCGAUGCCUCUGUCUACAAAGAUGAUCAUUCUACGUCCAAUUUCCACGACAUGGUGCGCAAGCUUUCGAAGAUGGCCGAAAACGCCAAGCCUUCGCUUUUCCACCGUUUCCUUGCGAGGCUUUCGGUUGAGGGACGUUUGUUGCGCCUGUACACUCAGAAUGUCGACGGUCUGGAAAGCUCUCUUCCUCCUCUGGCCACGCAAGUACCCCUCAGUCAUAAAGCGCCAUGGCCGCAGACUAUUCAAUUACAUGGAGGCCUGGAAAAGAUGAUGUGCCAAAAAUGUAGACACAUUUCCGACUUCCAAGCACACCUUUUCGACGGUCCAAACCCCCCAUUAUGUCCACAAUGUGUUGCGGCCGAUACGCUAAGAACCACGCAUGCAGGGAAGCGAAGCCACGGCGUUGGGCGAUUGCGACCAAGAAUCGUUCUCUACAACGAACAUAAUCCUGACAGCGAGGCCAUUGGCGCUGUUACCAGAGCUGACUUUCGAACGAGACCGGAUGCUGUAAUUGUAGUUGGAACCAGCAUGAAGAUUCCAGCCGUGCGACGGAUUGUCCACGAGAUGUGUCAGAUUGUCAGAGACAGGCGGGAAGGUACGACGAUAUGGAUCAACCGCGACCCGGUUCCCCCGGGCAAAGACCUGGAAAACUGCUGGGAUUUGAUUGUCAAGGGAGACUGCGAUGAAGUGGCUCAAUUAGCAGGCUUGAAAGAAUGGGACGACACCAGCGCCGAUGUGGCCGAGCCGUACACUGAAGCGGAUCUGGAGAAAGUCAAAUCGAGUCAAGGAGAGAUCAAAGUGGUCAUACCGAAACCGGAAAAUCAAGAAGCCAAGUCGUCCCAACGGUUGUUACCUGCAGCUGUGCUGCACACCAUGACUCCGCCACACAGUCAGAACGGAGACGAGCAGAAGAAAUCUGCGACAAAGCAAUCUUCCGGUUCCACACCCGUCAGAAUAAGAUUGACGGUAGGCGACAGGAGCAAGGAGAGCGCACAGGUGAAGAACGCCGCAAGUUCUGGAAGAUCCAUCGCGGAUGUUCUGGGGAAAGAGAACAAGAGCAAAUCCACCAAGUCCAAGACCUCGCUCAACAAGGCGGCGAAAGUCACCAAGAUCAGGGCACAAGGAAAACCACGCUCCCAGGCUCUUAUCACGGGGCGAAUCACGAAAGCCGUCGCUUCAGAUCCAGUGGCAUACAAAAAGUCUCUGCCGGAGCCAUUGUCGCCUCGACGCGAUUCGAACGAGACUGUCAUUCCGCCCCCGAAAUCCGAAUACUCGAGUGUCGAAGGCACCCCUGUGCCGCAGACGCCACCUUCUCUAGGCGAAGACUGGGCCAAGCCGACAACCGUCUCUCCCUCAGGAAGGAUACCUUCUGAUAUGGUCCGGUUACUGAACUGAGAGUUGCCAUAGGAAAGGAAUUUGCAUUGGCAUAGAUCAUCAACCAAUUGAGAUUAUCAUCGCAGCUAGGGCGAUACAAAGCGAGGAUGCAAGAAAGCGAGUUAUUUCUCCUCGUCUACCCUUGAAGCAGGCUCUUUUUCCCCGGGUCAUUUACGAUAGCACCCAGUGUGACUGUCUUUGGGGACGCUGUGGGUAAUAAAGCCACUCGACGACUUUCUUGAACUGUAUCCUUGGGUCAAAUGCUUCCAAGGGCGGAUCAGACACGGCGGAUGAUGGUGCCGAAACAGAGGGCGGUCAUCGUGAUCUUGCCUCUACUUGAUUUUCUUGCAUGGAGUUACAGGAGUGACGACAGAGAGGAUUCUCUGUGACAGGUGCAGACUUUAGAUACCGCACCUUCAUACACAUAGGGUACGGUAGUAUGUCACUAUGUAUCCAUGACUGAAAUGGCGCGUGGUUUUGCGCACAGAUGCCUUGUUUCCAAAUGGCUUCGGAUGGCGACAUAGCCAUGAAAAUGUCUAAAAUAGUGACUUGAUAGGUGAUGAGUACUCGGUGUAGUAAUAAAUCAAGUACUCUGGCUGCCUCGUGUGGUUAGAUGAUAUGAGGUAAGGUAGGAAUGUACUGUAUCAUUUAAAGUUUAUAUUCGAGGAAACUUGGACAGCAGAAAAGGGAAGGACUACACGCGCAUAUGAGCAU